UACUAUCUUAUUAUAACAAAUUGAAAAUAUGGUUGGUGUUAGAAGAGAUUAUUAUGUAUAUUUUUUAAUUUUUGACAAGCACACUCAGGUUUUUCAGUUGUGUUUGAAGUCUGGUGAGGCAACAAACAGAAAACGCACUGGUCAUUGUUUCCGGCCCGGUCCGGCCCGAAGUUUCUUCCACGUAGAUCCCCUAUUUCACCCCUUCCUCUAAUUCACACACUAUACUCACACUUUUGGAUCCGAUCGGAGCUCCAAAACGGACGCCAUCAUGAAUCCUUUCUCCUCCGGCACGCGUUUGAGGGACAUGAUUAGAUCUAUACGAGCUUGCAAAACUGCUGCAGAAGAACGUGCUGUUGUACGAAAGGAGUGUGCUUCUAUUCGUGCUGCUGUUAGUGAUAACGAUAAUGAUUAUAGGCAUCGAAAUAUGGCAAAGCUUAUGUUUAUUCACAUGCUUGGUUAUCCUACCCAUUUCGGUCAAAUGGAGUGCUUAAAGUUGAUAGCGGCUCCUGGAUUUCCCGAGAAAAGGAUAGGAUAUCUUGGGCUUAUGUUAUUGCUCGAUGAAAGACAGGAAGUUCUAAUGCUAGUUACUAACUCAUUAAAGCAAGAUCUUAACCACACAAACCAGUAUAUCGUAGGGCUUGCACUCUGUGCUUUGGGAAACAUUUCUUCUGCAGAGAUGGCUCGAGAUCUCGCGCCUGAAGUAGAAAGAUUGCUUCAAUUUCGUGAUCCAAAUAUCCGUAAGAAAGCAGCAUUGUGCUCCAUAAGGAUUAUAAAGAAAGUUCCUGAUUUGGCAGAAAACUUUGUAAAUACUGCUGCUUCCCUACUUAAAGAAAAGCACCAUGGUGUUUUGUUAACUGGGAUCCAACUUUGUACGGAUCUGUGUAAUGUUAGUACUGAAGCAUUGGAGUAUUUCAGGAAGAAAUGUACAGAGGGUUUGGUCAGAGUUCUGAAAGAUGUUGUGAACAGUCCAUAUGCACCUGAAUAUGACAUUUCUGGGAUCGCAGACCCCUUUCUUCAUAUAAGAUUGCUUAGGCUUUUGCGUGUCUUGGGCCACGGAGACGCUGAUGCUAGUGAUUGCAUGAAUGACAUUCUUGCUCAGGUGGCGACAAAGACCGAAUCAAACAAAAAUGCAGGGAAUGCCAUAUUAUACGAAUGUGUUGAAACUAUUAUGGGCAUCGAAGACAGUAGUGGAUUAAGAGUACUAGCUAUUAACAUUUUGGGGAGAUUUUUGUCAAACCGUGACAACAAUAUCAGAUAUGUCGCUCUGAACAUGCUGAUGAGAGCUAUUGCUGUUGAUUCUCAAGCGGUUCAAAGACAUCGAGCAACUAUACUGGAAUGUGUAAAGGAUUCAGAUGCCUCAAUACGUAAAAAGGCCCUUGAGCUUGUCUGUCUGCUAGUAAAUGAAAACAAUGUAACGUCUCUGUCAAAGGAGCUUAUUGAUUAUCUGGAAGUAAGUGAUCAGGAGUUUAAGGGUGAUCUCACCUCGAAAAUCUGCUCUAUUGUCGAAAAGUUUUCACCAGAGAAAAUUUGGUACAUCGAUCAGAUGCUCAAGGUUCUUUCUCUGGCCAGUAAUUAUGUAAAAGAUGACGUAUGGCAUGCCCUUAUUGUUGUAAUUAGCAAUGCUUCUAAUCUCCAUGGAUAUACAGUAAGGUCGCUAUACAGAGCAGUUCAACUGUCAGGUGAAGAGGAGAUCCUUGUUCGUGUGGCUGUAUGGUGCAUAGGUGAAUAUGGUGAGAUGUUGGUGAAUGGUAUGGGGAUGCUUGAAAAAGAGGAACCAAUUACUGUAACGGAGUGUGAUGCCAUAGAUGUGAUAGAGACAACCUAUAAGCAAUAUACCGCAGAUCUAACUACUCGGGCAAUGUGUUUGGUUGCUCUGCUGAAGCUAUCUUGUCGUUUCCCAUUGUCCUCACAGAGAAUACAGGACAUAAUUGCUCAAAAUAAAGGAAGCGUGUUACUUGAACUGCAGCAGCGUUGCAUUGAGUUUGAUUCUAUCCUUCAGAAACAUCAGAAUAUAAGGUCUGCUCUCUGUGAAAGGAUGCCGGUUCUUGAUGAAUCAACUUACAGUGUAAGAAAGGCUGGUUCUUUACCAGCAGCAGUUUCGACUUCGCAAGGUGCUGUACUUGAUCUUUCUAAUGGAGUAGGCAAACCCUCUGCCGCUCCACUAGUUGACUUGCUAGAUUUGAGUUCAGACGAAAUUCCAGUCCCAAAUUCUUCUGGCAGUGAUUUUCUUCACGAUCUUCUUGGAGUUGAUUUGUCUAUUGGUUCAACACAAACAGGUACGAAUCAAGUUCAGAAAUCUGGCGCUGAUGUACUAAUGGAUCUUUUAUCAAUUGGGACACUUCCAUCUCAGAGUAGUUUAUCUUCUGUUGAUGGUUUAUCCUCUGAUAAAGAUAACAGUACAUCUAUAGGUGCAUUAGAGAACCUUUCAUCACAUACAACCCCUUCAGUUCAAGCCUCAUCUGUAUCUGGUGGUUUUGCUAUGAUGGAUCUGUUGGAUGCAUUGCCGCCCUCUGAGAAAAAGCUUGAAGACAGUGGCCCUACUUAUCCUUCAGUAGUUGCAUAUGAAAGCAGUUCAUUGAAAAUUACUUUCAACUUUUCAAAGCAACCCGGAAAUGUACAGACAACACUUGUUGAAGCAAAUUUUGUAAACAAGUCAUCUAACGUGUUUACGGAUUUCGUUUUCCUAGCCGCGGUCCCCAAGUUUCUUCAGCUGCACUUGGACCCAGCAAGUAAUAAUGUUCUUCCUGCGAGUGGGAAUGGGUCUAUCACACAAAAGUUACGGGUUGUCAACAGCCAACAUGGCAAGAAAUCUCUUGUUAUGCGAAUUCGAAUAGCUUACAAGGUGAAUGAUGAAGAUGUGAAGGAGGAAGGGCAAAUUAGCAACUUCCCUCCAGGAUUGUGAGCGGAAAUGGUGUGUGAAAGCAAGAUGCAUGACCUUUUUCUGUUAAACUGUAAGAGUGGCUUGUUGGUGUUUGUUUUAUGUUUGUAGUGUUUAGGAAUUUUUUUCCACUCAUUGGUAAAAUCGUUUGGGCAAGUUUCUGUAGAGAUUUUGAGUUGGUUGACAGUUGGGAUCCAUCAGAGGUUUUUUCGGCUAAGAUCAUUAGAAGUUCUCUUCCCUUCCUAAGAAGGUGUUUUGUACAUGAUAAAAGAUAAACGAAAUAUGCAUUUGUGGAGCAAAUAUUGCCAAUCAAGGUAUGUAGUAGAAAGUAUAGAGUUUGCCUUGCAGAUGAACCCAUAUAUUAUUAGAUUGGUAUUUGAGAUC